ACAAAGGGGGGAAGGAGAAGAAAAGUUCUCCGCCAUUGCUCCGCGUUUGCUUCUCUGUCAUCCGUUCAUUGCGUUUGCUCCGAAUAACUACCGAAAACCCAAAAUCGAAGAACACCCAACAAAGCCUAACCCAAACCCACCCCCUAAAUUCCACUCGUCUUUUCCUUUAUUCUUCCAUUCCCCUUCGCGAAGCCCAGGAGAGGCACUCACCAGCAGGCGCAUGCCCCUCCUCCUGGUUUCGUAGAUUUGAAGAAUACAGGUUUUAAAGACAAUAUAUAUCUAAGUAAAAGGGAUAGAAUGCGCAGGUGGCUUUGUUGUACUUGUCAAGUUGAGGAAGCCUACCCAUUAGCAGAAAGUGAGCACCUGAAAAGCCCACGAAGUUAUGGAGAUGGUUAUUAUCGACGGGACUCGAAAGAGCCGGCUCCUGCCCCAUAUGAAGCACCAAAAUCUCCACCUCCCAUAGAAGUGCCAGCAUUGUCUCUGGAAGAACUGAAAGAAAAGACAGACAACUUUGGGUCCAAGGCACUGAUUGGCGAAGGAUCUUAUGGUCGAGUUUAUUUUGCUAACUUAAACAAUGGGAAAUCUGUGGCGGUAAAGAAGCUGGAUGUUUCCUCUGAAUCCGAUUCGAGUAUUGACUUCUUGACUCAGGUUUCUACAGUCUCAAGGUUGAAACAUGAAAAUUUUGUUGAAUUGCAUGGAUAUUGUGUUGAAGGAAACCUCCGUGUACUUGCAUAUGAAUUUGCAACUAUGGGUUCUCUACACGACAUAUUGCAUGGUAGAAAGGGUGUGCAAGGGGCACAGCCAGGUCCCGUGCUUGAUUGGAUACAGCGUGUGAGAAUUGCGGUUGAUGCAGCUCGAGGAUUGGAAUACUUGCACGAGAAAGUUCAACCUUCUAUCAUUCAUAGAGAUGUUAGAUCCAGCAAUGUGCUUCUCUUUGAAGACUUCAAAGCAAAGAUUGCAGACUUUAACCUUUCAAACCAGGCUCCUGACAUGGCUGCUCGACUUCAUUCUACUCGAGUUUUAGGAACUUUUGGCUAUCAUGCUCCCGAGUACGCAAUGACUGGACAGUUGACACAGAAGAGUGACGUCUACAGCUUUGGAGUCGUUCUACUCGAGCUUUUGACCGGGAGGAAACCCGUCGAUCACACCAUGCCUCGUGGGCAGCAGAGUCUUGUUACUUGGGCUACCCCAAGACUAAGUGAAGACAAAGUUAAACAAUGUGUUGAUCCAAGGCUGAAGGGUGAAUAUCCUCCCAAAGGAGUUGCCAAGCUGGCUGCUGUGGCAGCUCUGUGUGUCCAGUACGAAGCGGAGUUCAGGCCGAACAUGAGCAUCGUUGUUAAGGCUCUCCAGCCGCUUCUAAGGCCUCCUGCCCCGGCUCAUGCUCCGGAACCGUGAAGUAAAUUGAUCUGAAUUUAUGUUCUUCUUCCUUCUUCCUCACUGUUGAUAUAUAUUAUGUCAACGCCUUCAUUGCAACAUAAACUUGGGUUCAUAGUGACCAUAUAGAAUUCAUAAUAUUCAUUAUUUAUUCCAACUAUUAUUGUUUUUUUCUUGAAGAUCCUGGAGUCAUGUUUGGUUGGUUGGUUGGUUGGACUGAGUAUUGUAAGGUUGCUUUCUUUUCUUGUAAGCAAUUCUUCUUGUGUAGCUGCUGCCUGUUUGUUUAGCCCUCGGUUCUCUAAACAAAUGUCUUUGGGGCCGAGACAUGACUUUGCUUUGCUUUCCCUCACUUUUUUGAUAUUAAUGGAUAUGGGUUCGUUUUUUUUUU